AUGUCCGCAUGCGGACAGACUGCGCUGCCUGCAGGGGUGUUGGGUCCUCACGGAAUCGCCGGCAACAACGACACUAGCCUCCUCCUCCUCCUGCGAACCCGCACUGAACACCGCCUCCUUUUGACCAACGCAUUCUUCCGCCUGUCGAUGCGAAAGAAGGUCACCCGGAUGCAUCCCCGAUCGAGGAGCUGGCAGCUCCUGGACUAUGUUAUCGUCCAGAGGCGCGAUCUUCAGGACUUGAUGGUGACCAAGGCGAUCUGCGACGUCAAUGGCUGGACGGACCACCGCCUCGUCAGCUCCAAGAUGACGUUCUGUCUGCAAGCCCGCAGGGGACCACAAGAACGGCGGCCACCGCCUGAUGGACCAACUUACGACGUUAUUUCAAGAAAGGUGGCGCUGUGGAUAAGCUCUUCAGGAUAUCAGGGACGCGACCAUUGUCCACAUCUACAAGCGCAAAGGUAACCGUCAACUCUGUGAUAAUCACAGAGGCUACUCACUGCUCAACAUUACUAGAAAAAUCUUUGUCUGCAUCCCCCUCAAUCGUCUUAACCGAUAUCUCGAGCAAGGGCUCCUGCCGGAAGGCCACUUUGGCUUCCGACGACAUCGAGUGACCAUCAACAUGGCGUUUGCCGCUCGCCAACUACAGGAGAUGCGCCAGGAGAUGCGAACUCGCAUCUACAGCAUCUUCGUAGACUUGACGAAGGCCUUUGAUACGGCGGACAACGAGGGACUGUGGAAAAUCAUGCAGAGAUUCGCCUACCCCGAACGAUUCAUGAACAUGGUACGUCAGAGCCAAGACGGAAUGAUGGCGCGCGUCACGGAGAACGUCACCAUCUCCGAGGCAUUCGCAGUAGCCAAUGGUGAGAUGCUGAUGGACGCCUAUCGUGAUGAGCGCCCUAGGAUACGCAUCGCUUACAAAACUAACGGGCAUCGUCUUAACAGCAGGCGCAUGCAAGCCCCCCGCGCGACUAUUUACGAAUACCGUCCACGACCUGCUCAUUGCCGAUGA